UUACUUGCUAGCUAUGAGAGGAGAAAGUCUGGCCAGCUGCUGCUCUACAUAAUAACACCGAAAGCUGGGGCCAGCCCAGAGAGCUGCGUCACCUUGCAGCUAGCUAGCAAGAAAGCGCUGCACUGAGCCUGGGAACAGAUCCCCCCUUCUCUCUGCCUAGGAAACAAUACCGCUUAGUGGGGGAUAAAAAGAGCAGCCGCGGCGGGCAACAAGGGCAGCAUGGAGCUGCUGUGCUGCGAGGUGGACACUGUCCGCCGGGCUCAGACUGACCCAGCGCUGCUCUUUGAUGACCGAGUCCUUCAAAAUCUGCUUACCGUGGAGGAGCGCUAUUUACCCCAGUGCUCUUACUUUAAGUGUGUCCAGAAGGACAUCCAGCCCUUCAUGAGGAGGAUGGUGGCCACUUGGAUGUUGGAGGUUUGUGAAGAACAGAAGUGUGAAGAAGAAGUUUUUCCUUUGGCUAUGAACUAUUUGGAUAGAUUUUUAGCUGUGAUUACAACAAGAAAGUGCCAUCUGCAGCUACUGGGGGCUGUCUGUAUGUUCCUGGCAUCAAAGCUCAAAGAGACAAUUCCUUUAACUGCAGAAAAACUUUGCAUUUAUACUGACAAUUCAAUCAAACCCCAAGAGCUGCUGGAGUGGGAGCUGGUGGUGUUGGGAAAGUUGAAGUGGAAUCUUGCAGCUGUGACACCACAUGAUUUUAUUGAACAUAUACUAAGAAAGCUGCCUCUACCUAAAGACAAGUUGCUUUUGAUCCGGAAACAUGCACAGACGUUUAUUGCACUUUGUGCCACAGACUUUAACUUUGCCAUGUACCCACCAUCAAUGAUAGCAACUGGAAGUGUAGGAGCCGCAAUCUGUGGGCUGCAGUUUGAUGAUGGAGAAAUUUCACUGUCUGGCGAUAGUCUCACGGAACAUUUGGCCAAGAUCACUAGCACCGAUGUGGAUUGCCUUAAAGCUUGUCAGGAACAGAUUGAAUCAGUGCUACUCAGCAGCCUUAGACAAAACAGAACACAGUCUCAGCAGAGCAGCACAUCCAAGACAGUGGAUGAACUGGAUCAGGCCAGCACUCCCACAGACGUGAGAGAUAUCAACCUGUGAGGAGUCCCACGUCAACAGUCUUUCUUGUUCUUUAUUUUUAGAACAAAGCCUUUUUAUCUGCUCCCACUUAGUAAAAUAUUUAAAGCUAUUUUAAAUAUGGAAAAAAAACAAAAAAACUGAAUAAUUAAAAAAAGAAAAGUGUUUGUUGCCUGUGAUGUCCUUUAGAAGGGAAUCCCACAAUAUAUUUGAUAAUUGCUGUUAUAUUCUAUAUUGUUAAAAUAAGUGCUUAUAAAAGCAUAAACCAUAGCUAGAUUAUUGUAAACCUGCAUUUUGUGGGAUCAACUUAGAUAUACUUUUUUACAUUAUAAUGUAGUUGCAUACACCCCUUCUUAAGUUUCCGAAUGGAAGUGCUCGUGUGUGCGUUUUUAUAAGUUGAUUUUUAGAUUGCAAAGCAAUAGACUAAUGGAUUCUAGAGGGCAAUGCAAGAAGAAAUCCCUAAAUUGAUUCAAAAGUUUUUGGAUUAUAUGAUUAUUGGGGAUGUCUCUUUUUUGAUUGUUAUCUAUAUAGAGGUGCUUUCAGAAUCUUUUGUUUAGUUUUGUUUACUCUUGCUGUCUAUGGUAGCUGCUACCGAAGAAAGAAGAUGCUUUAUUUUUGCAAGCCUAAGGCAGGUUUUUUUUUUUAUUAUUAUUAAUAUUAUUUUUGUUUUUACUCCCUAUUUUCAAAUAUGGUUUAUUUCUCCUAAGUACUAGGAUACGAUUAAAUGAAAUGAUCCUGUUUAAUCAACUGUGGACCAAUUCAAAUGAAUGAAUGUAACUUUAAUAGGCUCUUUAGGAAUGUAGUACACAAUUUUCUGUGUUGGAUUUGGAGUUAGCUAGUGUGCAAAUGUAUGUACUAGAAAGUGCAACUCCUGUUGAUUCUUAUUGAAUGCCAUAAAAAAAAUCCCCUAACAAAUACUCUGUAUUAUUCCUGGUUUGCAGUUAAGCAUUAUUGUAAACCAUUUCAUUCGAAAAAAGCACUUUGAAAUUGUUCCUAAGGGAUAAAUGAAAUGGUUUAUGAAAAUUAUUUGGAGCAAAUAGCAUGCAGCUUUUCUAACCUCCACACCCCCACUGCCAAAUACAUCUAUUUCAAUAUAUGGUGUUGCUGGACCUUUCAACACCUGCCUUGGACAACAUUCCUUAUACAACAUUCCGGAUACAUAACAAAAAAGAAAACAGACAUGAUUUAUGAUUAUUAUUUUUUUAUGACCCUGAAGGAUCUUAACUUUUACGCUGCCAGAGGGACUGGCAUUACGUGCGGGUGUCACAGAUUAUAGGUUUUUAUUGCACCUGCAUGCAGCUUAUUUUACAUAUUGUUAUACUAUAGCUGGUAAACAUCAAGAUUUCAGAGUUUUGUUGUAUGUCCGAUAUGUACCAGUGUACUUGAAUAUUUUUUUUCCUUAUUUUUGUAGUUGCUCCAGCAAUCAGGCAUUUAGAUUUUUUUUUAAUUAUUAUUAUUAUUAUUUUUGAGCUGGUGCAGCUUUAUUUCUUGCACAAGUCUAUGAAAAUUGAAUUAAGCUGUUGGGUUAAAAAAAAAAUAGUUCUGAAUUUUCAAAUACAAAGACACGUGUAACAAAGCAUUGUCAUUUGUAAAACAAUUUGCUAAAUGGGGAUUUGCCAUAGUUUGGCUAGAAGUUAAAAAGGAUUGAGUAAUUAUAUAUAUAUAUAUAUAUAUAUAUAUAUAUAUAUAUAUAUAUAUAUGUAUGUAAUUAUUAUUUUUUUAUAUAUAUUUUUUAAAUUUGUUUGCGCUGCUAAGGAGCUAUGAUUUUGUUUCAUUCUUAUUCACAUUAACAGUACUUAGCUGUAUUGUUUCACUGAGUGUGCUGCUAUUUUAUAAACAUUUUUAUAAUAUAUUAUUUUACUGCUUAAAUUUCCAAUCCUGAAGUAGAUGGUUGAGAUAUGAGUACUUUUGAUUUACUGGAAAUGCCCUUGUACAGGUUUUCUAUUAGCGUGUUAAUGACUUUUUCUUCCUCAUCACAAUCUGCAAAAAUGGUAAAUUUACCUCAGAUUUACUGGACACAGAAAUGGUUUCCAUUUUCACAAUACCUCACACUUUUACAGUUUUCCUCUUGGAUGGGAGUGUUAUGCUUUGUGUAAAGCCAGCUGGAGUCUGUUUUUUCACUUUGUUGCUUGGCUUCCCCUUUUCAGUUUAAACGGGAAAUAAUUUACUGCAUCAUUUCAUGUUUGGGAAUGCAGGGAAUGAACAUGCUGCAAUAUUCAACAGCGCUAAGUAUUAAUACAUCAUUUUAAUAAAGGGAUGUGCAAUUGAUGCAUUACAUUUAAUGUGUUGCACUGUUUUAAAAACUUUGUUUUAGCAGAAUAAGAGCUUUUAGCAUGUUUGCUUCAUAAAUAAACAAGCUUAAAGGGACAUAAUACUCAUAUGCUAAAUCACUUGAAACUGAUGCAGUAUAACUAUAAAAAGCUGACAGGAAAAUAUCACCUGAGCAUCUCUAUGUAAAAAAGGAAGAUAUUUUACCUCACAAUUUCCUCAGCUCAGCAGAGUUAGUUCUGUGUAAAAAGUUAUACUCAGCUGCUCCCAGCUGCAGGUAAAUAAAAAAAUGAAGAAAUGAACAGCAGCCAAUCGGCAUCAGCAGUGCUGAGGUCAUGAACUCUUACUGUGAUCUCAUGAGAUUUGACUUAACUCAUGAGAUUUCAUGAAGCUCAUCCCUUCAGUUGUCCCGGGACAGACAUACUGAUAUGCUGCUUAGAAAUCCUUUACAAUGGGAGGUGGCUACUGAGGAACUUUCGAGGUAAAAUAUCUUUCUUUUUUACAUAGAAAUGUUCAGGUGAUAUUUUCUAGUCAGCUUUUUACAGCUAUGCUGCAUCACUUUCAAGUGUUUAAACAUUUGGCCCUUUAAUGUAACUAGCCUACAGCACUCUUUAUUCAAUUUUCUAUUACAUAACUUUUCGCAAUGCAUCCAAUCAGACUGAAUCACCUGAGCAGUUCAGUCAUGUUGCUAAUUUCUGCAGCUUCUAACUAUACAGGGUGAAGUUAUGUAACAAAAGCGAAAGUACCUGAUUAAAGGCUAGAUUACGAGUGGAGUUCUAUAUUGCCCUUCCACUCGAGCAUUAACAUCACUAGAUGGACGCUUUUUGCGCAUACCAGGUUGCGCUUGUAUUACAAGUUGAAAGUAAAACAUUUAUGUGUGCGCAAAACCUGACAACCUAUUCUCCCCCAAAAGUCAAUGAAUAGCGCAAACUUAAGAAAAAGUAACAUCUAUACUCCUGCGCUAACCCGACAGGAGUAUCUGAUACUGCUCAUGUAAAAUACAUACAGUAUCUAUAGGAAUAGAUAUACUGGUAUAGGUUUAUAUAGAUAUAUAUAUAUAGAAAUAUGUAUUUACAAUACAUAGCCAAUAUGAAAGAAACGGAGGUUCUUCAAAGUAAAAAUGCUUUUCAGACUGUGCAUUUACAAUACAUAGUACAUUAUCCUUUAAGUGAAGGAUAUUGGAAGGUGAAAUAUGUACAGAACAUAUACAGUAAUACACAAAUACUUAAAUACAUAUGUAACCACAUAUAUGUGUGUAUAUAUAUUUAUAUCUCUGUGUUAAAGCCCUUUGCAAGCCUUUUUUUCUUAUUAUUAUUUUCUAACACCUGAGACCUCAUAUCUUUGAGCCCUUAAAAAUUAUUUUAUAAAAAAAAUUGCAUUAAAAAGUUAUAUCAGGGUUAAUAUGAGUGUAACUGUACUGUUAAAUGUAUCUUUGAUGUGUUUUGUGCAAUUGUUUUGUCGUGCAUAACUGUUAACUAGAGCUAACCUGACGUGUAUUAAAUUCAAUUGUGCUCGAGCGAACACGCUUACUUUCAACUCGUAAUACGCACGCUAUUUGUCGCAUGCAAAAAGUCGGGAAAUACCCUGUAUCGUUUGAGCGCUACAGUUAGCGUACCACUCAUAAUCUAGCCCUAAAGGGGCAGAAUUAAGAGGCUCAGCUUUGGAAUGCUUUAAUAUAUAUUUAGCAAACAUGAAACAAACAGCAUCAUUUAUGCAAUAACCGUGUUGUUUGUGUAAUAGAAGUGGCACAUUAAAGCUAAUGUGUCCCUUUCAUAUCCCUUUGUUUUUCUGUGAAAUAAGCAGUUACAAAACAUAUCUCUUGAAACAGCUAAUAAAAGCUGUUGUCACAGGCUGAUAGUUAAACUUGGUGAGUCUAAUUACCAGAUGAUGACUAAUGUAUUACAAAAUGUACAUGUUGAAAGUGGAUUGGAGAACCUUUCAAAGUAAGUAGAGAUCUAUUACCUUUUGCAGAAUGUUAAUUUUUUUAGGAGAAGUUUAAUAAUCCCAUCCUGAAUUUAAAUGCUGCUUUAAGUUGUUUGAAAAAAAAAAAUCAGGCUUCAUGUUUGGCUUAUGAUUUUUAUUUUUAAUUAUUAUUUUUUUUUUUUUUUUUUGUCAUGGUGGAAAAAAAUGUUUAGCAGCAGCAUACAUGUGCUAGAAUUAUUUAUUACCAUAUGUAAGGGUCAAAGGUUCAGUAAAGAUUGUCAUUAUCACAAUUAGGAAAAAAAAGUUAUAUUCUAGUUUUAGGAAUUAAGGGAAUAACAGAUGUGUAUACAACAGCAUGAUUAUUAGCAUAUAGAAUUGCCUUUAGGCUUAGAAAAACUCUGAUAAUGAUAUGGCAUUGCAGUGAGUAUAAUGCAAGUCUGAAGGUUUCUUUAGUAAUAAUUUAAAUUAGGAGCCACUUUUUGCAUUUCUGGAUUACAAUCAUUCAUAGUUAUAUGCUUAAAAAGUAUUAAGCUAUGAACCAGCUGCUAGACAACCCACAAAGAAUCCAGUCUUGCUAAAUAAAAAGAGAACACAUAAAUAUUAUGGCUCUGUGUUUGCAUUGGUGGUGUUUAUGCACCUUAGUGUUUGUAUGAUCGUGAGCAAGUUCAUCUGUGUCUCUUCUUGCAUACCUACUAUUUAUAAUAAGAAUACCCCCCCCCCCUGCAGUCUAUCACACUUAUCAGAUUGCCAAAAGAAUAGUGCCAGGUUUUAAUCCCAGUGGUGGCAGCAUAAAUGUCACUUACUGUGAUUAUCCUAGAGAAGUGUUCUGGAAUUAAAAGGUAUUAUUCUAGGUGCCAGGAAAUGCCUAGGCUUUGUGGAUUUACAGUAAUCCACAUGAAAGCAACAAAAUAGUUUAACUGUCUUGUUGAUUUCUCCAGUAAGGUAAAGUAUUUUUUUCAUCCUCGGGCAUGUUUGGGAUGAAGCCCAUGUGGGUUGGCCUCAAGCCAGUAGGAACAAGGGAUUACUAUCCAGUUGCUUUUGUCUGUGUUCUACUAACCAGUAGGAUGCAGAUUGCGGAUUUAGGAAGUUGAGAAUGUGCUACUCGUUUGUGGUAAUUGCUUAGAAAUGGAAAUGUGUUUAAUUAAAAAGAAAAAUAAUAAAAAAAUAAAUAAAAUAAAACCAUGUUGUUUUAUAUAAGUAUUUUAUACAAGUUGCCAAAGCCUGAAACCUCUUAAAUUGUAGGACUAAAGUUGAACUGCUAACGUAUACUGCUGCUUCAAAUGAAAGACCCAUUCCCCAAAGCUUCAUGCGUAUCAUUUGGAAUGAAUACAACUAAUAUUUAUUAGUGGCUGGGUUUAUGCUUCUAUGUUUUAUUCUUAGCAACUUGAUUUUUUUUUUGUAACUGGAGUGAUAAACGUAACAGGAAUUCCAAAGUUCAAUAUAUGUAAAUUAAAUAUGGUUAGAGUUUGCCUUGGAUGUUUCUAUUUUAUUUUAAUUGGCAUCUAUAGCAUUGGUAAUGCGAUGGAAAUAAGUAUGUCACCGAUCCAUAAAACUCCCAUUGGAGAUGAUGAUGGAUUUUCUUUGGACAUAAGAAUUGUAUAAAUCAUAGGGAAACUAGUGGGCUUUUAAUCUUGGUCAUGCUGAGACAGUACUGUGUAGGGGAAAAACGUGGAUGUGUAUCAACAGAAGAGAAUCAUUUGAUCAUCACUAAAGCACUUAAUUUUACAUAAUUGCGUAUAAAAGUAAAAGAUACACUGCCUAGCUUAUAUUUACUGAACAUACUAUGUGCUUUAGUACCCAAAAUGUUUCUCCUAAUGACAUAGAUACAGCUCAUCACUUCCUGCAUGUGAUUGUCCGUUUAAUAAGUUGUCCAAAGAAUAGUCAUAUGCCAUUUAUUUGAAUAUAUUUAUUUCAUGAUAUUCAGAAGCUGAUUGACCACCAUAAUUAAAAUCAGUUGGACCAAUAAGCCUUAUAGCAUGAUGUAAUAUUUUUAUUAAGUAAAAGAAAUAAAAGCCUUUUGUAAGUCUACCUGAUUUACUUAAAAUGUGUUAUCAGGAAGGUUUGUACAUAAAACCAAAUAUUGCUAUAAAGAUGCUAGGUAAUGCUGCUGGCCCUCUUUCUAAAUAGCUUUUUGAAUGUGCCCCAAUUUUAAUUGGCCAGUGGAAUUUUUUUCCACCAUGUACCUCAAUCACUCAGUUGCACAAUUUUCUCUUUUUUUUUUUUUUUUUGGCUUUAAUCAAGUGUGAUGCCAUAUCAAGUCAUUGUUAUUCUCUCACAAUGUUCUUUUAAAAGGUGUGGACGAUUAUAUGGUCAUGGGAAGAUAGAAAGUGUAGUCACAAAUAAUGUUAAAAUUAAUGUGCAUUUUAGAAAGUAUGUAAGAUUUGUAUGGUGGAUAAGGCUGAUACCAUGUAGUUCUUAUUACAUAUUACAAGGUCUUGUCUGUUCAGUGUUAAGUUGUUCUUAUUAACUGUUAUUUGACUAGUUUUAAAAGGAGGAUUCAUGAAAUGUGUUUUGGAAGGUAUUACGUAUGAUGUAUGGACAAUAAACUCACCUUGACCUAAA